CGCGAGGUGCACGAGCUGAGCGCUGCCUGAGCGGGGUAACGUCACUGUCGGUGGCACGGCGGGCAUCAUUCUCCACAACAGCAGCAGUAGCAGCGAGCGCAACGCUAUAGAGCGGCGGCAGGGUCCCUCACAUGAUCGUUUUGAAAUGUUGGAGAAACUACGCUGUGCAACAACAUUUUACUCCAGAGUCAAUGCUGUCGAAGUGCACUUUGAAGGCUUCAAAAUGCGCCCUAGCCGGACCAUAUUWAUGUUGAAAUAAGGAAAAGGUCGGAAGAGCUAAGAGGGGGAGAUUUCCUAAGAAUGAGUGUAGACAAAGGGGAGGCAUUCAGACUUUAGCGGUUGGAGCCACUAGAACUUGAGUCUCAGGAGAAAGGUGCGUUCCUACUUGGACAGCGGAAUCUUUCUUAUUUUUGGGAAUAAUCAUGCCUGUUCGGAGAGGUCAUGUUGCGCCACAAAACACCUUUUUGGGGAUAAUUAUAAAGAAAUUUGAGGGACAAAAUAAGAAAUUCAUUAUAGCCAAUGCCCGGGUUCAGAACUGCGCCAUCAUCUACUGCAACGAUGGCUUCUGUGAGAUGACCGGCUUCUCGCGGCCGGACGUGAUGCAGAGGCCGUGCACCUGUGACUUCCUCCAUGGAGAGUUCACCAACAGGCAUGCCAUCGCCCAGGUAGCCCAGGCUCUGAUGGGGUCUGAGGAGCGCAAGGUGGAGAUCACCUACCACCGCAAGGAUGGCUCUGACUUCCUGUGUAACACCCACAUCAUCCCAGUGAAGAACGAGGAGGGCAUGGUCAUGAUGUUCAUCCUCAACUUUGACUACAUCCUGGAGGAGGACAGCAGUGACUCUCUGGAGGGACUCAACCACACGUCUCCUGCCAAAGCUGAACCAAGGAAAGGUAGAUUCUUUUGUUUCCGGCUCCCAGCCUUACACCUCCUGGGCAUCAGUAAGCAGUCCCUCCCUCAGGAGGACCCUGACGUCGUCAUGAUCGACUCGCCCCGCCGCAGCGAAGAGUCGGUGGCCACCCGCGACUUCCGGUCACUGCCCACCCGGGAGAGCUGCAGCCCCUCCUACACCAACGACACGAGAGCCCUCAUCGGUCCCAGCCACUGCUCCACCCCUGUGUCGGGACCCCUGGACCACUCAUCCCCCAAGGGGCCAGUCUGGAACAGGCUGGUUCCCCAAGCGGUUCCCCAGGCCCAGCCUCAGACUGUGGGCACUCUGGCCCCCUCCAUCUCAGGCCAGACCCCCACCGUGUCCAGGGAGAGUGUGUGUAGUAUCCGGAGGGCCUCCUCCGCUCAGGACAUGGAGGGUUUUGGCUCCAACUCCAAGAUGGCCUUCAGGGACCGACACGCAAGUGAAGACAAUGGUCGUAAUAUCAAAGGACCCUUCAACCAGAUCAAAUCCAGUCUUCUGGGCUCCACGUCUGACUCCCACCUCAACAGAUACAGCACCAUCAACAAGAUCCCCCUCAUCACGCUCAACUUCUCAGAGGCCAACAAUGACAAGAAGUGCCCCUCCCCUUCGUCCUCCGAGAAAACCAUCAUAGCCCCAAAGGUCAAGGACCGAACACACAACGUCACCGAUAAGGUCACACAGGUCCUAUCCCUGGGCGCAGAUGUACUUCCCGAGUACAAGCUCCAGGUUCCGCGCAUGGACAAGUUAACCAUCCUCCACUACAGCCCCUUCAAAGCGGUGUGGGACUGGCUCAUCCUGCUGCUGGUCAUCUACACGGCCAUCUUCACGCCCUACUCCGCCGCCUUCCUCCUCAACGACCUAGAGGAGCAGAAGAGGAGGGAGUGCGGCUACUCGUGCUCGCCGCUCAACGUGGUCGACCUCAUGGUGGACAUCAUGUUCAUCGUGGACAUAUUGAUCAACUUCAGGACAACCUACGUGAAUCUCAACGAGGAGGUGGUCAGCCACCCGGCGAAGAUAGCCAUCCACUAUUUCAAGGGCUGGUUCCUCAUCGACAUGGUGGCUGCCAUCCCCUUUGAUCUGCUCAUCUUCGGCUCGGGAUCGGAUGAAACCACCACUCUGAUUGGCCUGCUGAAGACCGCCCGGUUGCUCCGACUAGUUCGCGUGGCCCGUAAGCUGGACCGAUAUUCAGAGUACGGCGCCGCCGUCCUUAUGCUCCUCAUGUGCAUCUUCGCCCUCAUUGCCCAUUGGCUGGCCUGCAUCUGGUACGCCAUCGGCAAUGUGGAGAAGCCCUAUCUGGAGCACAAGAUUGGCUGGCUGGAUAACCGGCAGCGUUGUACCGUCUCACCACCUAGGUACAACUACAGUGACCCCAGCUCUGGCCCGUCCAUCAAGGACAAAUACGUCACGGCCCUCUAUUUUACCUUCAGUAGCCUGACCAGCGUGGGCUUUGGCAACGUCUCCCCCAACACCAACUCCGAGAAGAUCUUCUCCAUCUGUGUCAUGCUGAUUGGCUCCCUGAUGUACGCCAGUAUCUUUGGUAAUGUGUCGGCCAUCAUCCAGCGGUUGUACUCCGGUACGGCGCGGUACCACCUGCAGAUGCUCCGGGUCAAAGAAUUCAUCCGCUUCCACCAGAUCCCCAACCCACUGAGGCAACGCCUGGAGGAGUACUUCCAACAUGCCUGGAACUACACCAACGGCAUCGACAUGAAUAUG